AUGAUUGCUGCAAUGAGACCAUCACACGCGCAUCCCACUGCGUCUUCCACCCACUCGAGACCGAGCUCACGCACCUCGUCCCACAACACCACAUCUGCCCUCGCUUCGCCCUCCGUUCAAUCUAAGAAUGAGAAGUUAGCUGCCAAGGCGGCUCUCAACGUUGCCAACGGAAUCUCGGGCAAAAAAGCGUCAGCUACCAAGAAAGCGGCCAAAUCGCAGCAGAACACCGACGUGUCUAAACCAAGCAGCAUCUCCUCUCCUGUCCCUGGCCUCAUUACACUGACUAAGCCCAUGUCCGAAGACCUCCAGGCAUCUAAGCAGCAGAGCUGUCCUUCGAAAUCCAAGAAAGCAAAAGAAGCCAAAUUUGCAUCUGACGAGGCCAUAUCUAAGCCUGUCAGGACUUCGCGUUCUCGAAGGUCCAAGUCGUCUCCUAGAGCCGAUGCAUCCGAGAUGCUUCUUUCCAAAUCUGCUCCCUCUGCCCCGCUCAACUAUGCUCAGCAACCCGAGCUAGAACAUGGUAACGCCAACGGCGUCGAGCAAGCGUCUGCUCUUACUUGGCAGCAGGAGAUGUUUCAGCAUGCCUCGAAUUCCAGGGUAGACCUGUCGCACCAGGGCAACGGCUCCAAGCGCAACAACAAGAAAGCGACCCAGCAUUCGUCGGCUACCAAGCACGACGGCAACCUUGCACACCCACAAAAGGUUCAAGAUGGGCGUGACUCGCCUGCCUUGACCUGGCAGCAAGAGCUGCUUGGGGCCAAAAAGCGUUCUGGUCCGCACUUUGAUGUCUUUGCUGAUGCACGCGACGUCGAGACCUUCGGGACCGAUGAUGGCUCUGCUCAAGGUCACGCUCAUGCCAACGGAAAGGCAAGCAAGAGAAGGCCCAGGACUGGCAGCUUCGGUUCAGGAGGCCAAAAGAACGGUACAAGCGCCAGCAAGGGCCGCGGCAACAAUGUGCCGCUCCACAUCGACGAUCUCUUUGAAUCUGCAAAGGCAGAUGGCAUGGCCAAGUCCAAGUCUGCGCAACUGCAGCGCAACGCCGACGCUCCAGGCGAUGCUACUUGUAUUCAGACUGAAUUUCCUGCUCACGGCGCGCCCAUUCAUAUCGCGCCCUCCACGCCGGUCAAAAAGGUCCAGAACGCCAACGCCAACCAGAACCAGCAGCACCCUGCAGUCGCCGCUGCGAUCGCUUAUGCUGGACCCAACUUCCACAAUUCGCCCUCGCCUGCCAGUUUGCCCGCUCCCAAGUUCCAGAACCGUCUCGGCAAGAGCAGCUCUGAGCUGGAUCGAGGCAUGGUGCGUUCUUCAUCGCUUGCAGCUGGCAGCAGUGGAGAGUCGGGCGGCAGCGAUGACGAGGUUGAAGUGCUGACGCGCGGCGUGCGUGGCAUCACUGCUCCCGCAGAGAUGACCUCCACCCCCACCAGAGCACCUGUGCCCGCAACUGCACCUUCGCACUAUACCGCUGCAGCCGAGUCGCCUGCGGCCAAGCCAAGCAUGCAGCCUGGCGCCACCGUGGAAAGUCUUUUGGCUCGCAUGCUUGGAGGUGCUAGACUUGGUUGA